CGAACCAAAAGUAGUGGCUCGUAUACCAUUUAAGUUGAUAAAGUGGCAUAGACAUUGACGAAAUGGUUAUUGGUACUUGUUUUUUGGUAUCAGUAUUCCAAUUGUUACUAAUCGGUGUUUACCUAUGGGAAAAUCAAUUCAAAGCAAACGGAUACGUGGUUACUUAUCAAAUCAGUUAUUCAUCUAAAUACCAUACAUAUUGUGAAGAAAACUGGAAAUGGUGGAGAUGCACGAGAUAUAGGACAAAGUACAGAACAGGAUAUCGUUGUGCAGAUGGCUACCACUCUAAUUCUGAAGGAUCAUGCAACUAUCCUAUAUGUGACGGUAAAACAAAUCUAAAUGGAGCCUGCGAACAGUUCCAACUCGUGCAAAAAAAAUCUGGAUGGCAAUUGGAACAUUCUAAAGGUGCAUGUAUAUAUCCAAGACAAUGCAGUUGUUCUUCCAUUUAUUUCUACAGUGAUGGUCCUAGGUGCAAAGUAUGUCCAACUCUCAGUAACUGUGUGGAGAUGCACUGUCUUGAUACUGCUGCGUCCACAAUCUGUGCCAACUGUGAAGGGGUCGUCAGGGACGCACAGUACUACAGAGCUUACGUCAGAAGUGAUGACAGAAAACAGUGUCUGCAAGCUUGUUCUUGGCGAAGUGACAGCACUAGGUGUUAUCCAGGAUACUGCGACGGUGAAUUGGCAGCAAAUUGCAAAUGUGCACUGGGAUUUACUGGAACUCACUGUGAAAUUAUGACAGAGCAUGCAAACAUCGUAUCGAAUUGGUUCAAUCUGAGGCACAAACAUUAUGUCCUAAAUAACCCAUCAGGUACUGUAGACGCAGGACCACACCCCAUCAUCUGGUCAAACUACGGAGGUUGGGAUCUAGCGGAAACAGCUUGGGAUGCAGAAUAUAAAAUAAAAAAUGGAACCCUGUUCAAUGAUCCCGAUCAUUAUAUAACAAACUUUGUUUACGGAAUCGUCAACGCAUCAACUGUUUUAAAUUUUACAAAAACCGUCAUGGAGCCGGUUGUCACAUUUUUCAACACAACAGAAUUCAACAAUGAGACUACGGUUUCAAAUCAGACAUUUAGAGCAGACAACACCUCUAACGAUGCAACUAAUGCAUCGUCUGUGAACGUCAUAGGCACGUUUGCACCUAAAACUAUUGAAGUAAUGGAGAAAUAUCAUUGUCCAAACGUUUCAAUUGAAAAUCCUGCAACGUCAUCAUUGAAAUGCAAAAGGGAUUUUUUAUUGAUGUCAAGAUCACAGCCUUUUAACUUUAGUUCCGGGGAUACAAUGACUUUUACUAUUGAAGCUGAAAUUGGGGGAUAUCUUACCAUGGAGCACAGAGAAAAAAACGAAAUAGAGAUACACCAUUUGAUAGGCACAACAAAGUCUCUACAGUAUGUUUUCCGCUGGGACUUUGUUCAACCCUAUCACUGUGUCGAAAAAAAAUCGAACCACGAAGAUUGUGUAGAUCCUUUAACUGUUCCAGAUUUAACAGAGAAACCAAUGAUAACAAUCACUUGGGGUGAUUGGUUUGAUGACUUAGCAGGACUUCGAGAGUACAUAUAUCAGAUACAUAAAGUCACACACUGGAAAAACAUUCUUAAAGAAGACGGCCUUUUAAAAGAGGGUGGAGAAGGAACGAUACCUAUUAACGAAACAUUUAAACAACUUAAUCUUACUGCAGUAGGACUAUAUUCUAUUCAUCUGACCGCUUAUGACAAGGCAGGAAAUUAUAAAAGUACGAGACGUUUUGUUUUGUAUGACAACGAUUCUCAUGUGUCAUACAAUCCGUUUUGUAAUUCACGUGUAGAAACUGCAUCAGAGAACACAAAUUACACGUGGGUAGUGGAUAACACAACCCCUAUAUACAUCACAUGGGGAAGCAGAUUUCGAAAUACUGGUCAUGACGGUGCUAGAUGGUUAAAUGAAAUAUCGACAAGUCAUGGAAUCUCAGAGCUUUAUGACGAUUUCACAGGUGUCAGAAAUGUGAAUCAUAUAAAGAAUGUUUACGGAUGCGUUGACUUUAGGGUAGAAUAUUUUGUAUACGAUGGAACUGGUGUUAAGGAUCAUCAACCUCCUAGCUCAGUACAGGACAUCUCCAUUGAAUCCGAAUUCCUGACAUUGAAUUGGUCGGACGGGGAUAAAGCAGUAAUAACGGUUAUCGCCGUAGAUAUCUUCAAUAAAACAUUAAAUGACACACUGACAGUUUACAGAGACGCCUCGCCACCAGUGAUAGAGAACCUUUGGUUAACACGAGGAGAGAGACUCAAUAUCAGCGUACACAGAUUGGAGGAUUUUACAGAAAUGACGAUUGAAUGGUUGGCAUAUGAUUAUCACAGUGGCAUAGACAGUAUUUACUGGAGGUUGUACGAUAAUUUCACUGGAGAAAGCAUUUUGCAUGGACAUGAGGAUCUGCUCGCUCAAGGAAAUUCUGAAGACAUAGAUGAUUGUAUGCUAAAGUAUGGAAACUACAGCAGAGGACCAAAUUGUUACCAAACAAACCACUGGGGAGCGUUUCACAGACAUUAUCAAAUAAAACCGGAAGUAAAGAGAGACGGGGGGCUCCUUUAUAACAAACGCCUUGGAUUACAUGAUUCAGAUUAUUUCCUUGAAGUUAAUGCAACAAACAAAGCUCUCUUGUCAACCAUACUGACAAAAAGGAUAACAAUUGACAUUUCACCUCCACAUACCGGCACUGUACAAGACGGCGUUAGAGGAACUGACGAGAUAGACUUCCAACAAAGCAAGACACUAAACACUUACUGGGAUGGCUUCUUUGACAAGGAAAGCGGUGUUAUGUUUUACAUGUACGGUUUCGAUACUGUAAAGAUCCCAACAUCUGAUUUCCAGCUCGACUCAAACAGUUCUAUUGUUAAAGAAACAUACUCACUACAUGCCACUCAUACAGCUACAUCAGAGGGGACGUAUUACGCUUGCGUGGUCGCCUAUAACCGUGCUCUUGAGCCCUCUGACCCAGUUUGUUCUGACGGUGUCACUGUCACCACAGAUGUUCCUUAUGUGACUGAGAUAGACAUAAGUAAUGCCCAUGUAAGAGAGGGAUUGGUAACAGACGUAGGGAGAACAAACUACUGGAUCAUCAGUACAAACAGGCGCAGACAAUUAAUUCAUAACCCAACAAAUGAUUGCGUGAACAAGGCUGUACCUCUGUCCAAUGUUGAAAUGUUUCCAUCAGAAUAUCUCAAAAAUGGAUCUACUGUUAAAGUUAAUGGGUCAGUAGUAUGUGCCAACACAUCAGCAACAUCCUUAGUCACUAGUCCAAUGAUUUCCAAAUCCUCAAAUAUAAAAUUAUCCUGGUCGUCAAAUGAAACGUUAAUCCACGAUUAUGAAGUUGGGUUAUCUACACUGUCGGGAAGUGCUGCUCCAGAUAUCAUGGCCUUCAGAUCUUCAAAACAACACCGCCAUAUUCACUUACUCCACACGGAUAUUCCUGACGGAAAACCGUUCUAUUUCAGCAUUAAAACUAUUAGCAAGUCAAAUGUUAGAGGGAUUCAGUCGGUUGGACCUUGUUUUCUUGACACAACUCCACCAAUAUUUUCUCCACCCAUUACUGUCCACCAUGAUAGUGGACAUUUGGUAGUAUACUGGAAUGUUGGGACUUUCAUCGAUCCAGACGAUCCAUUUCCUCUUGAUUUACAAGUUGCUGUUGGUCAUAGUCCAAGAGGUACUCAGGUUCUGAAGUAUUCCCAAAUAAUGGCUGGUGCCAGCUGUAGUAUAACAGAGCCACCAACAUGUACAGCCAUUCCUAUAUCUGACACAGAGUGGCGAUUGCACGGAAAUCGUACAUACUACGUCACUGUGAAGGGAGAAAAUGCUGCAGGACUGAUAUCUUAUGGUGUGUCCGAUCCUUACAUUCAUAACGUUCAGCUUCCUUCAACUGGAAUUGUCAUGGAUGUACCAAACACUAUUGAAAAUCCGUUAAUCGACAUAGAAGAUAUUGACUUUACGCCAGUAAAUCAUAGUUUGUCUGCUAGAUGGGCAGGUUUCUAUCAUGCAUAUAUUGAUGUGACCUAUCGAUUUCGUGCUGGAACAUCGCCUGGAGCUUCUGAUACAGUUCCAGAUAAGGAUGUUGGAACAAAUGAAUCUUACACGGAGAAUGGACUCUCUUUAUCUGCGUUCCAGACCUAUUACAUAACAAUAACCGCGGAGUCAUCUGCUGGUGCUGUUAGUGUCACAUCAGAUGGCGUCACUGUUGUCGAAGAAAGCGCUUUUCUAGAUAAUAUUACUGUUCAUGACGGAAACCCCUGUGUUGUAGCAGGUGUAAAUAUUUCUGCAAAAGUAAACCACCAUGAUUGGAACAUAUUGAAAAAUUGCACGAUUGAUGCUGACUUUCAAUCUUCGACGGAUACUUUAAGUGCAUAUUGGAAAAUCCCAGAUGAGUUGUUGCCAUUUACACCAGACGUGUAUUUUUCCAUAGAAAAGAAAUCUUUAUAUGGCGACACUUGGAGUAUGUUCCAAGACUACAGAUACAACAAUGGUCACCAUCAGGCUCAUGUUACGGGACUUCUGCUAAAUCCUGGAAGACUCUAUCGCUUUGUUGUUAAGCUUUGUGCACGGGAGACGUGCUAUCAGCCAGUCCAGAGCAACGGGGUCCUAGUUCUAGCAAACCCACCUAUCACAAAAAAUAUGAAUGUGACGCAUGACAACACAUCUACUGUAGAAAAACUUAAAGUGGUAUUAGAUAUGUUUGCGGAUCCUGACAUACACAUUCCAGAAGAAAAAUACGGAGUCGUUGACAAAUACGAAUGGGCCAUAACUGACCAAUCAGAGAACGGUAGACUGCAUACUCGGUGGCACAGACUCGAUGAUUAUGAUGUCAUACCGAAUAAGUACAAACUGGAAUUCACAAUUGUAUUAAAUGGCACAUUCGAUUUUUCUAAAUGCCGGAGACUGACAGUUCGUGGUUACAACAAAGCUGGACUCUAUUCGACUAUAUCUUCAGAUAUUAAGAACUGUAGCACAUUUGAUCCAGUACUUAUUAAACCAAACAUUGUAAUUGAUGCUGUAGGAACUCCAGAUCAAAGCAGAGACGGAUAUGGUGAACCAGUUUUACUACAAACCAAUGCUAGAUGGCCACAUCCAGAUAAAGACUAUACUCCUAACAUGAACUAUAUAUCAGCUGUAUGGCCCACUCUACGCUACAAUUCCUACACUGUGGCAGUUAUCAUAGCACGCAAUAUGGAUGUCACGUCUUAUUAUCUCCCAUCGACCACCUUAUCCCUCUCAGAUCCUUGUAGUCACCCAGAUGCUAUCAAAUGUGACACUACCGGCCAUGAAUUUAUCAAUAUAAAAUUCAAGGAGGGGGAGCUUGAACACGGACAACGUUACGUUGUUUGCAUUCACGCUGAGUAUACAGAAAUACAGCACGAAAAAUGGACGCAGAUUUUACCUGAGAUAAAUACAUGCAGUGAUGGUAUUGUGGUGGAUCUAACUCCACCUACCGCAGGAAAUGUUUGGAUUGGGACUCAAGGGCAACGCUACCAGAUUUCAACCACCAACAUGUAUGUUUCUUGGGAUUCAUUUGAAGACGUUGAAGAAUUCCAAACCAUUCCUCAUACAUCUGGAAUACAGAACUACGAGCUGGGAAUAGGUACAUCUAUUGGUGGAAAUGAUGUUGUUGCAUUUUUUGACGUUGGGGUUGUAAAUCAUAAAGCCAUCUCUGGUCUAACGUUACACAGCGGUCACAGUUAUUAUGCAACUGUAAAAGCUGUUGAUUUCGCAAGUAGAUCUACACUGCAAACAUCAGCACCUGUAACUGUCGAUACGAGUCCACCAAUUAAAUCUGACAACCCCAUUUUUAUUCAGGGACGCCACAUAACGUCAACAUCUGAAAUAGAGGCGUGUUGGAAGAACGUGUUCAGAGACCCUGAAAGUGAAAUUGACUUCUUCAUGUGGUCUGUUGGUUCCCAACCAGGGCACUCAGAUAUAAUGGAGUUCAUCAAAGAAAGUUCUGAAUGUGGAACCAAUAACGAAAAUCGAAGGCUGAAUAUAAACGAAGGCCAUGCUUACUUUAUAAAUGUUCAGGCACAUAACAAGGCUCAUUUGAUGACAAUUGCAACAUCGUGGGCUUACAUCGUGGAUUUCUCACCGCCAUUACAAGGACAUGUUCUUGAUGUUUUGCCGUCUGCAGACAAAAACAUUGAUAUAGAUUAUCAAACGGAUAUGUCCAGGUUAAGAGUGGUUUGGAGUGGAUUUCAUGAUCCCCAUUCUGUGAUCAAGGAGUAUUUUGUGACAAUGGGUACCUGCCCGUUCUGUGACGACGUGCUCCGACAGCAGGGAGUUGGCCUAGUAAACGAGAUAAAAGUUGAUUAUGUACAUAUCGGUCCUGGCUUAACUUACUUCACCACUGUGACAGCAUGUAAUACGGCUGAUCUGUGUACAAGUGCUAUCUCAGAUGGUGUGAUAGUCGACAACAGUCCUCCAAAUGUGGGUGUGGUCAUUGAUGGGACUUCCUCCGAAGACAUAGAAUACCAAUCAAUAAGAAAUUGGAUUGGUGCAAAAUGGUACGGAUUUUCUGAUCCCCAGUCUGGAAUAUCUCACUAUGUUUGGUGGGCUGGAACUACUCCAGGUGGAAAGGAAAUAUUACAAGAAAAAAGUGUGCAUUUAGUUGAGACAGCAACUGCUUAUAACUUUUCUCAAGGACUACCAGAAUCAAAGCGAAUCUACGUGACCGUUAGAGCCUACAAUAAAGCAGGAUUGUAUGUGGAUGGCAUAUCUAGUGGCUUUUUGGUUGAUACAACACCACCUGAAAUAAGUAGUGGUCCAAAUCACUUGCAAUAUUUUGGAUUGGAAGAGAAAACUCAGUUCGAUAGGUCAUCAGUAAAAGUUGAAUGGAAGGUAGCAGAUCCUGAAUCGUACAUUGAAAGACAAUAUCUAUCUCUUAAAUCUCAUCUUGGAGGCGACUUUGCACUGUCCUCAACUUUGAUUAACGGUAUUGCAAGAGAUUUUAUUAUGACUGAUCUGUUACUUCAUGAUGGAGUCAUGUAUUUUGUAACACUUAUAUCCUGCAAUGGCGCACAGAUGUGUUCUUCGACUACGUCCUCCGGUAUUUUAGUGGAUAGCACACCGCCAAGUAGAGGUACGUUUGCGGUACAGACAGAUCAUGCAGUAGAUGUUGAAUUGAAUCGCCAUGUAUCAGGAUAUAUGUCGUGGUGGAAGUUCGGAAUAAAUUUGGCUUGGCUUGGAUUUGUGGAUGCUCAUUCUGAUAUAGUGCAUUAUUUUAUCAACAUUGGAUCAACUUUCAUGGGAGCGGAUCUCAAUGCUAAAGAAGGUACCCCUAAGCAGAUCAACCAUUCCACCAAUGGUAAGGAUCGUUACGACGAGGGUAAAGUUCAAACGUAUAGGAUUCCAACUCAGAAGCUGAGCGCCUAUGAUCACUUGUAUGUUAGUGUCUGGGCAGUAAAUCAGGUGGGUUUAUCAAGUGCAAUCGUUCACUCCAAGUUUAAGAAAUUACCCCAGGGUAUAUUGUCGUUGGUGAGGCGUUGUCAAUCUGAGGAUUGUGAAGGACAUUGUGUGUGUAGCCCUCAAGACAAAGUGUGUCGUAAUAAUGGAUCUUCAUGCAAUGAUGUCACAAGUGGAAAUCCAAACAAUUUACUCCAAGUAACAGACGUAAUAUUUGGGUCAUCAAAUGUGCACUAUACGCCAAGCAAUACAGUUCUACAAGGUCGUUGGUCAAUUGUUCACAGACAAGGCAUUCCACCGUAUAUGUAUCAGUGGAGUGUUGGGUUUACAGAACACGAUGUCCCGGUAGGAAUUUUUGACCCGGAACGCGAACGCGUGUGGCAUGAUGAUGGACAGCUUACCUUUGUUAUAUAUACCCUUAUGCGAGGUCGGGUCCUUGAGGAGACAGUUUCGUAUUCUGUAUUUUUGAAAGCAUGGUACAACAAAAAUACUUACGCUGUAUUCAAAUCAAAUGGUGUUAUCAUCGAUACAAAGAAACCGGCAGUUCAAAACAUUCUUGGAAGCUCUAUAACAGAAAGAAUGGUCAGUAGCACAUUCAAAGACGAUGAUUAUAUAAAAGAUGGCAUUUCCAUGAUGGUGAAUUGGACAAAUAAAUUUUUGAACGAUAAAACAACGAUUAAAUUAUAUCAUCUUUACAUAAGUACCACUCCAGGAGGUCAUGAUGUUUGGGACAGCGGAGAAGACUUGCCGAACACAGAAACAACGUAUUUAGUUCGAAGUCUAUCACUUAUACCCGGAGUCCGAUACUUUGUGAAUGUGAUCGCCUAUGGUUUCUCAGGAAUCCAUCACACCGAAUCAUCAGACGGAUUUGUCAUAGACAAUACAAAACCAAAGGCUGGAGUAGUGUUUGAUGGAAUAGGAUUACAUGAUUUGGAAUUUCAAAAUUCUUCCGAUACCAUUGGCGCUAAUUGGCAUGGAUUUUUUGACACUGAAUCUGGAGUGAACAGAUACUUUUGGUGUGUUGGUAACACCUCUUCUAAUACAGAGUGCAGUGUGAGGAACUGGGAAAAUGUUAACAUCCAUACCUCAGUUUCAAGAACACUGUCAACGGAACUUCCUAAUGGACAAAUAUGCUACAAUAAAGUUUACGCCGUCGAUAACGUUGGAUACAAGUCUGACGUCGUUGUGUCUGAUGGCGUUAAGGUUGAUGUUACUCCACCCGAACCCGAAUACCUCUUUCAUGUUGACAACAACUUGCUGAAAAACCCUUCGUUUGAAUUGUAUGAACGAUCUAUAUCGAUAGACAAUAUCGACGUGCACACUCUCUGCAAUUUAUCUCCCGAUUUUAUUCCUGAUCAGUGGUCAUUAACUACUGGAAGUUGUGCUGUAGUUAUCCUCUCAUUAAAAAACCUGGCUAUCGAUGGAAAAGCUUUUCUUUUCAUCAAAGGUAGCGUAAAGCAAGACGUUGGUAGACUGAAGAUAGGUGAACUGUAUCGUGUGACAUUUUUUUCAAGUCAAAUUUCUAUAGAAACAGCAUUGGUCUCUAAUAAAGAAUGCUUUAUUUCAUUUGGACAUUCUAAACACGUAUUUCUGUUGUAUUCAAAGCCUUACAGACAUGAUGAACAUAGUUCAUCAUCAUCGUCAUCUCGAGAAAUUGUUUCCUGGCAUAGACAUACCUUUUACUUUAUGGCUAAAAAUGAGAAAGCAGUGUUAGAAAUUGGUAGCACAGAUGUCAAGACAGGUCUAUAUUUAGACCACUUUUCUUUACAACACAUAGAAAGGAUUCGUAACAGCAGUGCACAUGCUCAUGUUUCUGCUCAUGUCGUAUAUGUUCACCAAUGGGGUUCCAUACACGGGGCCUGGAGUUUCUACGAAGACAAUAGUCCAAUUACAGAGUUUAACUGGGCAAUAGGGUAUACCAAAGGAGGAACACAGAUACAGAGCUUUACAAGCACGGGGAUUAACAAAUUUGGAUAUAAUUCCAAUAUUACCUUGAUUCAUAAUACAUUCGUCCACGUGACAGUAAUUGCGUCAAAUGUGGCAGAACUGGUGGGAAUAUCAUAUUCAGAUCCUAUUCUUGUGGACUUGACGCCUCCAGACAUUUUAUAUGUUUAUGAUGGAAGGUUAUCUGGUGCUGAUGAAGAUGCAUGGACAGACAAUGAAGUUGUUGUUAAUUUUUUGGCUCACGAUGAAGAAUCGGGCAUUGAAUAUUGCGAGUGGGCUGUUGGCUAUCAACCUCAAGGAGUUGAGUUGCAAGCGUUCCAGAGAAUAAAAAUAUUUGAAUCAAUAGCAUUUAAAGAAUUUGACUAUCGUGUUUUGGAAAAUAAAACAAUAUAUUCCACAAUCAGAUGUCAUAAUCGUGCUGGAUUGUUUUCUUCUAAAUCAUCUGAUGGUGUAAAGAUUUCAGUCCAGCGUCCAUCUAUUCGAAAUGCGAAAAUAGCUGUUAUCCCUUUGUCAAUCACUGAAUACCAGGCUUGGAGUCAUUAUCAAAGUAAAAUCCAGAAUGUUAGGAUACAAUGGUCCGGUUUUGAUGACUACACAGGAAUUAAUCAGUUUAAGAUAACAGUUACCGAUGAUGAAUCUACGGUUGAAGAAAAGAUGAGCUUUCCAGUUGGACAGGAUAUUCAAUCAGUAAACAUCGUUAACAUGGAUAUGCCAGAAGGAUUAAAAAAUAUUACAGUUCAAGCAAUAAAUAAACUUCUACUGACCAGCGACCAAGUCAUUUACAACUUUACGGCUGUUCAUUCCAAACCGACGAAGAAAGCAGGAAGAAAUUUUGUUCAUUCCUGGCAUGCCGAAAAAGAAGAAUUUACAGUGACCUGGGAUGACAUCUUUAUAUCACAAUAUCCAUUGUUCUAUGAAGUUACUGUUGGGACCGUUGAAGGGGGAAGUGAUAUUCUACAAUGGCAGGAAACCAAACAGACAUUAUUGAAAUUCGGUUUACCAUCGACAGUAAAACGUGCUUUAAAAGUGUCCUUACAUGUGUAUGUGAGGGCUAUUUCUGCUGGUGGAACAUACGAAGACAUAAAAUUUGUUAUCCUACAUCAAUAAAGUUUCCUGUUAUUUGGUUUCAUA